UCAAGGGAUCAGCUGCUGCUUGCAAGGAGGGAGAACAUUAUCUGUGCCUGAGCGCUGGUGGUUACACACCUCGCACUCUCUUUACUGAGGUAGCAAAGAUGCCCCAGAACGUGGUGCUCCCGGGACCUGCUCCCUGGGGCUUUAGGCUCACAGGCGGAAUUGAUUUCAACCAACCGUUAGUAAUCUCUAGGAUAACUCCUGGAAGUAAAUCUUCUUUGGCAAACUUGUGUCCUGGUGAUGUGAUUCUUGGAAUUGAUGGUUACAGCACAGACAAUUUGACACAUGCUGAGGCGCAGGACAGAAUCAAAGCAGCAACAGAUCAACUCUGUCUGCAGAUUGACAGAUUAGAAACAAGGGUCUGGUCACCUCAAGUCUGUGAAGAUGGGAAAGCACAUCCUUUUAAAAUAAACCUAGAGGCUGAACCACAGGAUUUGAGCUAUUUUGAGCACAAGCAUAAUGUCCGGCCAAAGCCUUUCAUACUCCCUGGCAGAAGCAGCGGAUGCAGCACCCCUUCAGGUUAUGACCCUGGUAGUGGGCGUAGCACCCCUUCCACUGCCAGCACUGUCAGCACUAUUGAUCCCGGGGAGCUGAAAGCGGCUUCUAGAAUUGCACCUAACAUUCCCUUGGAAAUGGAACUCCCUGGUGUGAAGAUUGUCCACGCUCAGUUCAAUACACCCAUGCAGCUGUAUUCUGAUGACAAUAUUAUGGAAAGUCUCCAAGGGCAGGUUUCUACCAUCCUAGGGGAUGCACCACAAAUGAGCGAUCCAGUCCCUGCUAACUCUGUGCCUCAAUCUGAUGUAUACAAAUUUCUUCAUGAUGAUGAAGAACAGUCCAGCAGACCCCGACAAUCUGGCUCGUUCAGAGUACUGCAAGACAUGGUAGAUGAUGAUGAUCCCAAUCGACCUACAGGCACAAGAAGUGUAAGAGCGCCUGCGAAUAAACCAGGGGCUGGAGCUGCAGCUGUUCAGAAAUUGCCAAUCUGUGACAAAUGUGGAAAUGGCAUUGUGGGUACAGUCGUGAAAGCUCGGGACAAGUUCCGCCACCCAGAAUGCUUUGUGUGCUCAGACUGCAAUGUGAACCUGAAACAGAAAGGAUACUUUUUUGUGGAAGGCCAGCUGUACUGUGAAGCACAUGCAAGAGCUCGUACGAGACCGCCAGAGGGAUAUGAUGCUGUCACUGUUUAUCAAAAGGCCUAAACCUUUAUAAUCCCCUUGUUUAGAAUGGGUUUAUACACCCAUCUGCUAGCAUAACAUAAAAGGCUUUCACACCAAACUUCAUGAAGAUUAAUGAAAUGAAAAACAGAAUCACAAAUGUUUGUAACUGCAUUUAGUUAUUAGGAAAUGCCUCAUUCAUAUACUAACAAACAUAAUUAACUGUUAUAUCCAAACCUAUACUGUAGGUCAAUAGAGCAAUGUCUUGUGGAGCAAAUAACACUGCUGAUGGAUUCCUCAUGCAUUUGUCUAAAGGGGCACUAAAGUCAAAAUUAAACUUUUAUGAUUCAGAUAGAGCAAUAAAGAAAUUUUUAAAAAUUACAUUUACUAUUAACAAAUGUGUACAAACACUGAGCAUGUGCAAUAGGCCAUACUGUAUACAAAUGAGUCUGGUUAACUGAUGGCUGUCACAUGAUACAAUAGCUGGAUAAAUAAUAAAAUAAAAAACUACUAAUCAUAUGAAAUUAAGACUAAAAUCUUGAUAAUCUUCUUAUAUCAUCUCAGGUGAGUUGAUAUAAGAAGUCUCGUCAGUACAGUGAGGUCCCUCAAAGAAUUUUAGAGUUUUUUAACACAGGGCCCUAAGUAUUAUUGCAUUUAUGAUUAUACCAUUUUACUAUAUUUAAUGUUCCUUUAACUAAGUGUAAACAAGUUUCAAAUGUAAUGAUUAAUAUGUAUAAUAUUUACAAAUUAAUUUGCUUUAUACAUAUAAUGUUGGGAUAUAUAACAUUCAAGACGCAUCAAGUAAAUUACUUGGGGAGAUAUUAUUUUAUUAUCUACUGACACAUUAAAAGGAUGAUGUAUUUAUGGUCUUGGGGAAUGUAUGUUAUAGUCUAAUGAAGUCAAAUAUUUGUUUACAUGGCUCAAUGCAAAUUGUAAUUGAAGGCUUUAGUUGUAAAUUGGUAUAAAUUGCCAAAUAUUUAGUAGCUGUAGUAAGUUAUUUGCUUUUUUGCACAUUUGCAAUUAAUUUGAAGCGUGCUCUAGCAAGCAAUACUAAGCUGUAAAAUGUAUGGUCAAAAUAUUAAAAUCAUGGCAUAUCAAGAAAGUAUGUCAGAGAUAA